AUGCCCACGCAGCCUCUGACCCAGAGCGUCUCAGAGAUGUCUCACAGCGCAGCCCUCAAGCUUGCCACUACGACGGCGUCGGACACGACCGCCUCGGACGUGGUCAACGGCCAAGCCCACGUGUGUCACCAUCUGCCUUCCUGUGGUACCAACCACGACUCUACUCGCAACUCCUCCAAACUGGCGAACGCUGAGGUAUUCGAACAAGACGGCCCGCAGGACGACUCCGCGGUCGAGGAACUCGUGCCGGACGAGCGCACCGGCCACCAAAUCGAGGCGCCAGCCUGCGCUUGCGGUGUUACCGCAGCCGGUCCAGCCUCGGCCAUCAAGAUCCCCGCUCACGCUUCCAACAGUUGUGACAUGCAAGCCCCCAAACCCAAGUCUGCGUCGUACCCAACCAUGGCCAUGCUGGGCAACUCGCCUCCUCUGCCUCUGCAGUUGUCCAACCUCCUCGCGACCUCGCCCACUGUCGCCACCGGCUCGCUCUACAUGCCGCCCAAGACCCCGCCACCUCACUCAGUGUCCGCUCCUCCCGGCUCGGCCCCCUCAUCCCUGUUCCCCGGCUUCCCUAACGCGUUGUUCCCCACGACGCCCGAGUCGACUGUCCGUCCCCCUCGCACGCGUUCAGUCAGCGGCACGCUCAAGCUCCCUGGCACGCCCGGACGGUGGAACUGUCCCCCAUCGCCUUCGUCGCCACUCGCAGGCCCCAUGGGACAGACGGCCUACUUUGACGAGCCGGAGAUCUCCUCCAUCGACGUGGACAUGUCUGACUCGUCGCGCAUCGAUCCCUUCAAGCUCAACCUCUUGCCGAUGCACACCCCGCCGCCGGGACCAGGCCAGCGUCGUCCCUCCACCCCACGCACGCCCAGCCUCCGCUCCGAUUCGGGUUCGGGUCUGGGUGAGAGCUGGGAAUCUCCCGUCCUCGGUCCCCAUGGCGGCAGUCCCACUGUCGCCGAGACUGGUCUGCGUCUCGUCCCCUGUGCAGACUCGCCAGCCACGGGCCAGCUGGAGCGCAAGGAAAACCACAACCCCCCUGCCAAGAUUAUUCGUCUCGACUCCUUUGGCGGACUCGGCCUCGAGCGUAAGCCCAGCGGCCGCUCAUGA